GCCGCCAAUCAGUGUGUGUCUCAAAGGCUAUGCCGCGACAUGAACACCGGCGAAUCGUACAAGGUGCUCGUGCUGGGCGACUCGAAUGUCGGCAAAACGUGUCUGAUGCACAGGUUCUGCGACGAGACGUAUUACGACACAUACAUAUCAACUAUAGGUGAGUGAUGGUACAUAAUUAUAUAAUAAUAUUAUUGAAUUCAUCACCGACAACGAACAGCCCCCGUAACCAGCUGGUCAAAUAGUGUACGGUAUCCAGACAUCCUAACGUCGUAGGUUACACUUUUAUUUUUCUCUUCAUAGGUUAUAGGCACUUGACAGACUCGUAAUUUAGUUACUAAUCUUACUUAAACUAACUCUUUUUUCCGUAUGGAAAACCGUCAUAACGACGCGACGUGGUCUUGUUCCCUAAUACAGGUGUUCUAUAAAGUAUUAUCCUUAUGCUAAUGACUCUGUCAAUGUUCAUUUUUUUUUCUAAUUGUGUUUUGUGCGAGGACAUAUAUGUAGAGAAAAAAUACAAUUUUCAUUUCUAACCCUUAAUCACUGAAAAAAAUUAAUUUUUAUUUAUCACUUUUCAAAAUUUUCAAAAUAGUAAUUUUAUAAAAAAUAUUUUAUUCUAAGCAUUUUAAUAUAACGUAUAUUAAUAUCCGAUCAAUAGAGUUUCUUAUAGUGAUAGCCAUUUAAAUUUCUAGAAAAUUGGCGUGAAAACAAUUAAUAUUCAAUAGAAGAUAAGAAAUUACCGUGCUGCUAGACACUAACUAAUUAGAAAGUUACUUUUUAAGUAACUUUCUAAUUUACAUAGUUAGUUUUUAUUCAUAAUAACUUUUUAACUUAACCAGUUGAAUUGAAUGUGGAAAAUAUUCUAAUCUAACUCGUUAAAAACAAAAAGAAUUUAGUUAUUUUUGUCUUUUUUUAUUUCAAAAAUCCAAAUGUUCUGUAAGAUAUUGAGUAUUUUCAAUUUUCUGAUAAAAAUAUUUUUCUUGUCAUAUUAUUCGAUAGCAAAUUAUAGUCGGCCUUAGAUCAUAUACUAAUAUGAUUCACGAAUUAAGAUAUAUAAAAUACCGAACGGAAAGGUCUUAUCAAUGUUUUCCUGAGUCCAGCCAGUUCUUACUUCGGCAAGACACUUUUAGGACAAAAUUGGUAUAAGAAUCAACUAAAACCAGUUUAAAGUUUAGACUGGAGGAGUAGGGUGUAUAAUAAAUUUCAUAUCUAUUCUAUCAUGGCUUUAGACUUUUCUAUAAUAAUAUUGACAUAGUUUAAAAAUAGUACACUACAUGGUGUUAAUAGCCUUGCCAAAAAAUAAGAAGGUUCAAGCUUCACUUAUCACAUGUUCGUUCGGUAUCCUGUGUAUCUUAAUUCAUGAUAUCAUCUAAGCAGUCGACUAUAUUCUAAUUUUAUUGUUUUUGUAUGUCUAUGGCACUGACAUAGAUAAGAAUAUACUCUAUAUUAUAUUCUUAUCUCAGAGGUCUAUAGUAAUUGGUAAUACACGAUAACCACGACGCAUUAUAGACAUAAUAUAACCUAUAGACUAUUAUAAUAUUAUGUCUGUGGCCUAUUUUUAUAAUAAAACUAUAUAAUAUAACCAAUAUAUACAUUAUAGGUAAUAUUAUGCUAUAAUGCAUAAUAAUAAUUAUGCAUAUAUUAUUAUCUACCUUACAUUUAUAUUUCAUCCUAUCAUGAGUGGUUAUUUGUUUAUAUUUAUAUUAUCAUGAUUAUGUCAAUAUAGACAAAUAUAGUGUUACACCAUUUUGUAUAUGUUUUAUUUUGUUAAACUUCUAUGUUCUAAUAACUGAUAUUUCAAUUAAUUUCCAAAAAAUGAAAGUUAUUACCUACCUAUUUGAAACAUUUGAUCACUUCAAUUUAAUUUUUCAUUCAUCACCAAUAAUUUAAACUAGUUACUUACUUAAUAAUUAAUUUACAUAAUAUUUUACACUUGAACCAAUUUUUCAAUUUAUAUUUUAAACUAAAAAAAAAAAAAACUUAUAAUUUCUACUCUAACUUAAGUUACUAUUUUCAUCAAACUAACUUCUAACUAACUAAGAGAUUUGAAAAUUGUAAAAACUAACUUAUAUUCUAACUUAGUUAGAUUUUAUAUAAAACUAAUUUAACUUUAACUAGUUGAAAAAAAUGACUAACUUGUCCAUCUUUGCCGCACUGAUUGUGAUUCAUUUUGCGCAAUGUGUUACUUUAUUGAAAAUUAAUUGUUUUCACGCCAAUUUUCUAGAAAUUAAAACGACUAUUACUAUGAAACUCUAUUGAUCGGAUAUGUAUAUGAAUGUACGUUACAUUAAAAUAUUCAGAAUAUUAUAUUUUAUAAAAUGGCUAUUUUAAAAAUUUUGAAAAGUGAUAAAAUAAAAGUUAUUUUUCUCAAUAAUUUAGGUAUAAAAACAAAAAAUUUAAUUUUCUCUACAUAUGUGUUCUCCUGGCACAAAACCCGAUUAAAAAAAAAAUUUUAAAAAUAUGAAUAUUGAGAGAAUUAUGAGCAUAAGGAUAAUAUAGUGUAAAACACUGUCUGCAUAUAAACAUGAUAAUGUACAAUAUUAUUUCGAUACGCCAAAUAUUUUCAUGAAAAUCAACAUUUUUGAUUGAACAACCGUCUAAAACAUUGACUAAACAUAAAUAUUUAUGUAUACAUUAUAAAAUAUAUAAUACAUACAUUAUAUGUAUAUUGUAUAUUUUUUUACAUAAAGAAGACGAAUGUCUUUUAAAUGUUCACAAAUAUGUAUAAUACAUUGUUAUUUUAUUUAGAGUAGAAACAUCUUUGCAUCUUUAGUGAUUUUUUUUUCGGGGGGAGGGGAUUUAAAGAUUCAAACUUUCUUCCUCUCCCAACAGAAAUUUUAGGACACGAAAAGGGUAAUAAAUUGCCUAUCUAUGACCCUUCUCUACUUCUCCAGUCUAAACUUUAAACUGUUAUAACUCAUAAACGGUAAAUCUGAUGGUUAUGCACAUCAAAGUUUUUAAAAAAUUAUUCUCUGUUUAAAUAUGUGUUAAAAGUGGUGGGGUUUUCUAAUUUGAAAAUCAAAAGUAUGCUUUUAUUUAAGGUGCAUAAAGUAGGGGUAAAAAAUUAAAAAUGGUUUUAAAACAAAGCUUAAACGAUUCCAUAAUGAUUAAGAAAAACAGAAAUAAAAUUCACUUAAAAUCCUCUGAGAUAAUUGCUGGUUCAUGAUAAAAAAAAUCACCCUGUAUAUUUACCUACAGUAUUUGGUAAAUACCUACGGUAUUUUCACCUACAGUAAUAAUUUAAAGAGUGUCAACUGUCGACGUUUAGAAAAUAAUUAUUUAUUUAUUUAUUAAAACAAACAGGAUAGGCCCAAUUAUAAAUAUAAUAUUAUUUACAAGAUAGCAUAUUAGUCGCUCAGAUCAUUACAUUAAGAAAGGAAUGACGGAUCCUUAUUGGCCAACCUCAUCAUUUGAUAUGAUAGUCUCAUUUUUUAGAUAGUUUUCAUGCAAAGUGGGGUGAAAAAGGUAAAAAUAUUGUAAGUGCAUUUAACAGUGCCUAAAAAUUAAUUAGUGCAAGGAAGAAAGGUGAGUCAAUAGAACCAGUAAGGAGCUUACAGAGAAAGGUAAGAUUAUAAGACUGCCGACGGUCAGCUCAAGAACAUAAAUUAAAGAAAUGGAGUAUGUGGGAGUAUAUAUUCAUGAGUAGGGUAAUUUAAAUUUAAGGGGUAUUUUAUAAAAUUUAGGAAUUUACGUUGCACUCACUCAAGUUGCUUACUACCCCACCAAAUAGUAACUUUAAUUAAUUAGUAAUUAAAUAGGCAUUAAAUAUCAUCUUUAAUAAUAUUUGUUUAAUACACAGAUUUUCCCGCUUUUCCCAGUUUUUCCAUGGUUUUUCCUGGUUUUUCAAAUUUGAUGAGGAAACACUCCUGAUAAAAUCGAAAAAUGACUUUUCUAAAGUACCUUAAUUGUGAAAUUUCCUUUUAGAAACAUUGCUAUCAUUAAAAGUUAGAGCAAAAUUGCUGGUAGAAAAGUUGAUCGCAGAAAAAAAUAUAAACAUCUUUGUAAAACUAUAAGCUUCAACGCUCCAUUCGGAAUCUAAAAUAAAAAUAAUUUAGUUUACGUAAAUUAAUUUCCAAAUUCAAAAUAAUAAAAUUGACAGUGUACGAGUGUAUGAACAUGUUAUAAAAAAUGAUUUAAUAAUAUUAAAUAAUAAAACUAAGUUAAACAUUUAAAUUGUCAUAAUAAACUAUUAGUAAUAAAUUAAUAUAAAAAUGUACAGAUUAAGUUAUGUAUUGUAUAUAUUAUACAAAAUCAACUGUUAUAUUACUAACUUAAGAACAUAAUGAAACAAUGCAAAAGUAGUAAAUAGUAUUAUUUGGAUAAAAUAUUCGACAAAUUGAAUAGAGUGGUAUUGAAUAUAUCUAAAAUGAAAUGAUUUCUUUCAUGAAUUGAUUUCUCACGGACAUAGAACAUCUGUCGGGGUAUAUAACAUGUGAUUUUUGUUAAUUUUUGAAGUAUAAAAUAACAAUUUAUUUCUUGAAUGUAAUUGGUUUGAUCUAAAAUUCAAAUGCUCAAGAAGCUCAGGACAGUUUAUAACAUUAUGUAAUAAUUUAUACAGAAAUUAAGGUUAUCCUGAAGUUUAAGACAAUCAUUAAUAAAAGGUUACUUCAACUAAUAUUAAAAAAAAGAGCACUUUUACAUUAGCUAUGGGAGACCAGUUCUUUCAUAUGCCGGUACCACUUAAGCAACUACGAAAGGAGACGAGAAAAAGCUCUUAAGAUUUUAAAGAAAGAAACUAAGGAAAAUACAUGGCCCAGUAUGUAAUCAUGGAAAGAUAAUAAUUUAUUUUUUUCACAAUAAAUAAAUAAAAAUUAAAAUAAUGAUAAUAUGAAUAACAAAAAUAAUAACAACAAUAAUAAUAUUUAAUAAAAUUUAGAUAACCAAGUCCAAAAUACUUUUUGUUUUAAGCAACGUUUUUCAAAGUGGUUUGAUCAACAAUAUUUUCUAUAUUAUAUUUAUUUCGAUAAUAUUUAAGUGAUAAGCCAGUUAGCCUCUGCUCAACAAUUUUUUUUUUUCAUAAACUUUCCCUUUUUUUACAUUUUAUUCUGGAUUUUCUUGAUAUUAUAAAAACUGCGUGGAAAAUCAAAAAAUGACCUUCCUUAAGUACUAUCUAAUCAAUAUGACAAUAUUUUCUUUCAAAAAAGGUGCUACACUUACUUAUUGAAGCAAGAUUUAUGGUAGAUUUUUUUUUCACAGUAAAAAAAAAAAAAAAAAACAUCAUUGUAAAUCCAAUAUGUAAAUUCUUCACUACACUCAAAAUCUAAAAUUUAAACAAAUUUAAAUUAAAUUAAUCAUUCCCAUUUUGAUUCUAAAAAUAUAUUAUUUUAUUAUAUAUUUGCAAAUUGAUUUUUCCCACUUAGUUUUCCAUAAUUCUAUCUCACCUUUUAGAAAAUAUUUAUUAAAAUUUCUAAAUGAGAAAUGUUUUAUUCUUGUUUCAAUCAAAGUAUUUCCAAAAUUCGGAAUCAUCUUUAUGGCAUUUGGAACCAGUUGCAUUUGUACUUAAGAAUUAUGAAUAUUUUGUAUAACAAAAAAGAAUAUCACACGGCUUAUAGGGAGGGCGAUCGUCUCCCUCGCCCCACCCUCUCAAGGACGUGCCUGAAUAUAAUGACUAAAAGCCUCGAAGGUUCUAUUUAAAAUUUAAAAUCUCUUUUAAAUCAAAUUUUUGGUAGUUUUAGCUGGUUUAGUUAUAUACUUAUGUAUUACAGUAUUGUAAAAACCGUAACACGUAUCUAGGUAUAUAGGUAUAUAUUAUAGGUAUAUUUAUUAUUAUCAAUUGACAAGUCUACUUUAUUUAUUUAGUCUACUAAUUUAUUCGAAAUUGUUCAGGAGAAAGACAAAUAUCUAUGCGACUUUUUUUUUUGCCCGAAAUUCGGUUAAAUCUGACAAGUCUUUAUCACUAUUUUUUCGAUAUCUAUUAGAUAGAAUUGCAUCAUUGUUGUAUUAAUUACUUUAUAGUAGGUAGUAUUACUAGUAUUUAUUCCUUUGCUCGAAACUAUCAAAAAGUAAUUUUGGACUUGCCUUGUAGCAUUGAGUGCAAUAUGUAAACUGUUUUAAUUUUACGCGUUAUGUAACUUAAUUUUAAUUAUUAUCUAAUAUUUUAAUAAAUCCGUACUUGUGCAGUUGUGUUUUUAUCAUCACGGUUUUUAAUAGUUUUAUUGUAGCUCUGUGCAUAUCUGUGCAUUAUAAUCCAUUUAUUAAGGAUAUGACAGAUAAAAAUUGUUAUUUAUUUACAAUAUUUAAUGCUUAGUAAUAUUACAUUGUUAUAAAAUAGGUAAUUAAAAUGACAUUUGGCGCGUAUUUGAUAAUAUGGGUAACUAGUAUACGAGAAAAAAUAUUGUCCCAAACAUCAAGGCUGGACAGUGAACACCAACUAGUUAGAAAACUAUAAGUUAUAAAAAGUUACUGUUAUCACUUUAUCAGUUACUUUAAACUUAUAACAAUAGUUACAUAUUAUUAUUACAGCAACCAAGUUACUUACUAUUAGUUACAUUUUUUUCAUAAAAUAACUAAAAUAAUGACAUUAUAUUCAAAAAGUGAAGUUACUUAAAAACAAAACCUAACGUGUCCAUAUUACGUCUUAUUGUAAGAUAUUAUUCUGACAAAAAAUGUAUUCAAGAAUUUAAUACGUCAGAUUAUUAUAUGACAUUUUAUAAAAUGCCGUACAUCUAAGCUGCGUUUAAACAAACUUUUAAAAAAUAUAACAACGUGAUGCAAAUGUAGGUGUAGUUACUUAGUUUUUAAUAACAUUUGAUAACAGACCAAUAUAAUAAUAUAUUUCGAGCACUUGUAAAUAUUUAAAUAGUAUAGGUAGGUAAUAUAAUAUAUUACCUAUCUAUAAUAUAUUACCUAAUUCAUAUUAUGAACUAAUUAGAUACAGUUGUACUUACCUAUUUUACGUAACUUUUUUUCAGUACUUACAUCAUCCUAUUAUUUUCAGGAAUUUAUAUUCUCAAUAUUUUGUUUACAGCGUUUCUAUACCUUCCUAUUUUAACAACUUAUUAUUUUUUUUAUGUAUAAAACAUGCCUCUGCAAAAUAAUCAGACGCUAUAAUUAAUUCACAUAUUUUGUACACAUUUAUAUGCAAAUACAAUAACUUGUUAUACAUGGUAUAAUUUUCAGAAAUGUUAUGACGUAUAAUAGAGCAACAAUAAUAUGAUUAUAAUAAUAAUAAAACAUUAUAAUAUUCGAUAAUAAUAUACCGACUUUUAUUUUGGAUUUCAGGAGUCGAUUACAAACAAAAGAUAAUUCAGUUAGAUGACAAGCCCGUUAAAUUACAAAUAUGGUAAGAAGUAAAAAAAAACAAAGUAUUCCAUAUUAUAUACGAACAAAUGGAACGCAAUGUUUUUAUAUUGGCUGCUUUCCUAAUAUAAUUAACCUAACCAUGGAACCCGUUGGCCGUUACUUUUAAAAUACGUGGAACUUCAUAACUUGUAGGUAUUGGUUUAGGUUUGGUUUUUUUUUAUUUGUGGACAACUAUUCUACCAGACAUUGUGCUCUGAUUUUCAACUUAAAUACUUUUUCUGAAAUUCGUCGGAUUUUUGAAUCAUUUUUUGAUUUGAUCAAGCGGUUUUCAUAAUAAUUGUAAAAAACCCGGAAAAAAGUAGAAAAGAUAGGACAAUAAUUUACAAAAAUAAUGUUUUUAUUAUUAUAAUUUACAAAAAAAUGCUUUUAUUAUUAUAAUUUGAAAUGUUGUUUUUGUUGUAAUUCAGUGAAAAAUAUUCGUAGAGACUAGACAUUUCGGCAGAAACCUCAUAUUUGCCUUUUUUAGACGUGGUCAAAUUUUUAAAACAUUUGAGCCCAUUUUGUGCUAUUUAUAGACAUUUUAAUUUUACGUAAUUUUUAUUCCAUAUUCUACUUUAUGGAUAAAAUUUUUAGACCAAACAGAAAUGCUUAAAGAUUUAACAGGAUGUUCAUUGUAAGUUGUACUUAGUGGUCAAUAAGAAAAAGUUGAGUGUGAUGCAAUAUUUUUUUCGUAAGAAUUUUAAUACAUAAUUUUAACAAAAAUUGUAAAUAUAUGACCUUUUAAAUAUACAUUACUGAACUACGCUCAGAAUCAUUUUUCGUUUCCAAAGAUUGCAUAGUUACAUAUAGAUGAAUAUUAAAUUCCCCUCUAUAUCUAACCUUCCCAAAUUCAUAUAACAGUGGUUCACCCAUGAUGCGAUGAAUGUCCGUCUUUUAAUAAUUUUCUGUACAUUAUAACAAUAAUAUUAAAACCUCAUUAUGUAAAAUCCUAUUAUAUGUAUAUGUCGUAGAUUACAUGGAAAAUUAGUCUUUUGAAGACUAAGCUCUUUGCAAUGGGGUAGCCCGUUUGCGAACUACUUAUUAUUUUUCCGAACGGCCUACUAUUUUUCAGACAUAUUGCAUAUAUAUUAACAGCAGUUACGCCUUUUAAAAAUUAUAAUAAUUAUAAUAUAGUAAUAACUAUUUUACUUAUUUUAUUUAAAGGGUAAUUUAUUAUUUUUACAAAAAAAAGAUCAAUAGAAUUAUAAUCACAUGUAAACACUAAACUGAAUAGUCUAAAUAAGUAUGGUACUUAUUAUAUAGUAUUAUAUUUAUUUUAUAAACUGUACAAUGGCGAGUAUCAGUGAAGUUUAGAUUAUUUUAAAGUUUUUGACUAUUGUACUACUAGUUUCAUAUUACAUUACUAAUAAAAAAGAAAAUAUGUAAAACAUUUACUUAUUGUUACAUGUGGUUUAUUCGUUUUAAAUUUCUUUUGUCUACAACUUUUCCAAUUAUAUUUUGAGUGUCUAAAUAGUCCACCAUCUACUUUUGAAAUAUUAUAUUUAAAUAUAUAUAUAUAUAUUAUAUAUAAAUAUUAUAUUAUAUAUGUUAUAUCAAAACAUAACUUCCAACAUAUAAAUUGUAUCAAUGGCGUAUUUAUGAAAUCAUAUCAAUCGUAUACAUUUCAAAUUCUAGGAAUUUACCUACAUUAGUUCAUUACAACCGGCUAUUUUAAAGAUUUAGAUACGGAAUUACGACAUAAUAUGAUACUUGAUGGAAUCUAUGAGAUUAUGACUAAUCAGUAGAUUAGAUUAUAACUUUUCACUGAACACAAUUUUGUCGGCAUACUGUACAUACCAGACGUUAGUACACUUCUGCGUUAUCGUGAAACCAGUCGAAUUCGUUUGUAUUUCGUUAUCAAAAUUGUUUUUGCAAAACAAAUAGAUACGGUUGACAGUUGACAUGUUAUGAUAAUUCUAUUGAUUUUUUUUUUUGUAAAAGUAAUAAUAUACCCUUAAAAUAAAAUAAGUAAACUAGUUAUUACUAUAUUAAAAUAAUUAUUGUAGUUCCUAAAAGGCCUAACUGCUGUUAGUCUAUAUACAAUAAGCCUGAAAAACAGUAGACCGUUUGAAAAAAUAAUAAGUAGUUCGCAAACGGGCCACCCCAUUGCAAAGAACCUGGUCUUUUCGCAAAAAGACUAAUUUUCCAUAUGGCCUACGACAUUUAUAUUUCAAAUGAAAUUAAGUAUAAAUAUUUUCAAAUUAAGAAUAUAAAAAAUAUAAACUUGGAUUUUUCAUUAUAGGUAUUUAAAAAAAAAAAAAGACGUCCUAGGAUAUUGGGGACGGGUGCAGCCAGUAAUAGAUAAUUUAAAGUAUUCCUGUAAGCAACGAUUAACCAUUGCUAACGAAAAAACGAUUCUGAACGGAGUUUAGUUGAUAGUGAUACUUUGACCACAAUACAUAUAUCAUAUUAUGGUAAAAUAAUUAAAAAGGCACUAAAUAUUAUCUUUAAUAAUAUUUAUUUAAUGCACCGAUUUUCCCGUUUUCCCAUGGUUUUUCAAACUUGAUGAGAAAACUCUUAAUAAAAUCGAAAAACGACCUCUUUAAAGUACCUCCUUAGUUAAAUAUAUUUUUAGAAACAUUGCUAUCAUUAAAAGUUAGAGCAAAAUUGCUAGUAGAAAAACUAUUUACGGAAAAAAUAAGAAGACCCUAAUAUAUUUUAACUAAUACCUAUAUUUCUUACAUUUUCCCGUUUAUUUUCGGUUUUUCAAAUUGUAUAGGAAAACUUUUGAGAAAACCAAAAAACGACCUCCCUAAAGUACCUCUCUUGUUUGAUACUGGGUCACCAUUAAUUUUUCACACCGAGCAGUAGGCUGUACAGUCCGCCAUUCCAAUCAGUGAAAAUGUUCAAUAUUUUGUUUGAAAUUUAAUAUCUUUGUAUCCAAAACAAUUUUAUUUUGAAUUUGUAUAACAUAUAUAACACACUUACACACUAAUAUGAAAUAUAUAGAAUUAAAAUGUACAAGCGUUUUACUUUAUAGGGACACUGCUGGACAAGAACGAUUUCGAACAUUGACUACGGCUUAUUAUCGAGGCGCUAUGGGCAUAUUACUCGUUUAUGACGUCACCAAUUUGGAUUCAUUUGAUCAUUUAACGUACUGGUUGAAAAAUAUUCAAGAGGUAAUACGAUAAUGAUUUUAUAUUUUUAAAUUAUCCGACACUGAAUACUUAUAAAUUAUAUGAUCUUAAGAUAUUUAACUCUAUAUAUGACGUUUUAUGUUCACUUGGGUAUACAGAACGCUUCUCCGGAUGUUAUCAAAGUUUUGGCUGGCAAUAAAUGUGAUAACGAGUCCUUAAGAGCCGUAGAUAAAGCAGAUGGAGAAAAAGUGAGAAUAAUAGUACUAUUUUUUUUUAUUUUUAUAAGUUUCCAAUGAAUAUGUAUAUACUUAUAUUAACCUUUUCUAGGCAUAAUAUUUUUUAAACAUUUUUUUAACUAUUUAUAGCUAAGUGAAAUUGUCUGAUUUUGACUUGGUUUAUUAGUGUAUACAAUUGUUAUGGCCCGGUGAAAAUGGCAAUAAGUAAAAGUACAUAGGCAAAUUUCGUUUUUCGUAUUCAUUUUUAUUCGUUUAGCAUUUUUAUGUCCGACAACGUUUUCGUUUUUGUCGUUUUCAUGUUUUUGCAAAACUGUUUUACAAAACGUCGACAACGUUUUUACUUCCUAAAAAAGCUAAAAAAAAAAUAAAAGUUAAACGUUAAGUAGUAAUUUUUUUUUUUUAAACAUUUUAAGUUCAAAAUGCAAUGAAAAUCAUAAAACUCACGUCGUUUUAAAACACGUUUAACCGAAUUCGUUAUUAAUCGUUACACACAGAUUAUAAAUUAAGUAAUUUAGGUAGGUACUCUAGCAAAUCCUACAUUCCCGAUUUUUUAAUUUAUUUGGUUGUUUUAAUUUUAUGUAAACUACGGUACCUAGCUAUAUUCACUUAUAUAUUAUUAUGUAGAUUGCAGAAUGCUAUGAUAUGCCAUUUUUUGAAGUUUCAUGUAAGUUGGACGUCAAUGUGGAAGAAGCGUUCCAAACAUUGGCUAAAAUGAUCAAAGAACGUUUUAAAUACUCGGUAAAGAUUUUUUUUUUUUACGACUAUAGAUAUGUAUGGCUAGUUAUGCCGUAUAUCGUAUAAUAUUAAAUUGAACUGCAGGUAAUAAUAAUUAUGUGCUUGUUUUUCACAGGGUGCAUUUGGACUGAAAGACGAAACACCCAGGGAGAAAUGUUCACCGCUUUUCGAAAAAGCUUUUGCUGAAUCUACGCGAAAGUGCAGCUCUUGUUAACACAUUAUAUAGGUACACUAAUAUAAUGUUUAACGAUGAUAAAUAUUUUGCUACCUAUUUACAUUUUGUUUAAAAAAAAAACCAAAAUCGUAAUUAUGGAGUUUUUUGGGCUUUCUGACGCCAUAUAAUUGGGUUGAACGCUAAAUGACAGAACUGAGAAGUACUAAAAAUUAUAUUAAUUUAAUAUUAUUACACCUAUGUAUAUAUAGGUAGGUAGGCACCUACCUAUCUACUAACAUUUACGUAAAAUAUACCUACUUCAUUAAUUCGUAAAAUUGAAAUGCACAAAAUCAGAGUUAGAAAAAUUAUUUGUCGUACUUACUUCUAUAAUAUGUAUUUAUUUAUUUUUUUUUUAUAUAGUAAAUAAAACGAGUUAGUAACGAAAUAUAUUCUAAUGCUUAUUUAACAUACGUAAACGGUGUUUUGUCAACUUAUGACAGGGUCAGAUACUUCAUUAUUGUCAUAAUAUAUAAUAUAUAAUUCAAUAAUUAUUGUAUACCUACAUUUACAUAAUUUUUAAAUUGGUUUAUAUAAAACAAAAUACUAAUAUCUAAUCACAAAAUUGUAAUGUAUUUUUAGCUACGAAUCUUUCAUGUUUUACCUUUAAUAAUUUAUAAUAUUAUUACCUACAUACAUAUGUUUAUUAUAUUAUUCAUCAUAAUAUACAUUAAUGUAUUAUUUUUCUGCGAAUUCACAGGUGUAUUUUUUUGUUUUUAAUUUUGUUACGCUAUUAUUAUAAUUACUAC